CGGUUUAAGGCAUUUAAUGGCUGCUCCGUCAAAAGGAUGGCGAUUGAUAUUGGCGGGAAUAAUAUUGGUCGGUUUCCUUGCAGUGGAUUCAGUGCUUGUUACAGCUGAACCAAGUUCGAACCAUGAACAAUCAGGUUAUAAUGAGAAAAACUACGUUCGAAAAGCAUUUAAGUUGUUAGAACAGAACAAUAAACCUCGCCAUGAACAUGAAUGGCCUGACAUAAGAUUUGGUUGGAAAAUUGUGGUGGGUUCCAUACUUGGAUUCCUUGGAGCAGCCUUUGGUAGCGUUGGAGGCGUAGGAGGAGGCGGUAUUUUUGUUCCCAUGCUUACCUUGAUUAUUGGGUUUGAUCCCAAAUCGUCAACAGCAAUCUCAAAAUGUAUGGUUACUGGUGCGGCAGCUGCAACAGUAUGCUACAAUAUAAGGCAAAGGCAUCCAUCACUUGAACUGCCUCUGAUUGACUAUGACUUAGCACUUCUAUUUCAGCCAAUGUUGGUUUUGGGAAUUAGUAUUGGAGUUGGAUUCAACGUGAUCUUUCCGGAUUGGAUGAUCACAAUUUUGCUAAUUAUUGUCUUCUUAGUCAUGUCAAGUAAGUCAUUCCUCAAAGGUGUUCAAACAUGGAAAAAGGAAACCAUCAAGAAGAAGGAAGCAGGAAGGCAGCUGGAAUUAAAUACUAACGAUAAUGCAGUGGAAGUCAAAACCCAAAAUGAAGAACAAGUUACUACAAAUGGCAAACAAACAGGAAGCAAUGAAUCAAAAAAAUCAAAGGUGUCUUUUAUUGAUAACAUAUGCUGGAAAGAGCUUGGACUUCUAACUGCUGUCUGGGUGGUAAUCCUUGCUUUACAGAUGGCUAAGAAUUAUUCAACAACAUGUUCAGUAGAAUACUGGGUAUUGAAUUUGUUGCAGAUCCCAGUAGCUGUUGGAGUAUCUUCAUAUGAGGCAAUCUGUUUGUACAAAGGGAGGAGAAAAAUUGCAUCAAAGGGGGAUGUUGCGGCAACUUGGCGAGUCCACAAGCUACUGAUUUACUGUGGCUUUGGUGUGUUGGCUGGUGUACUUGGUGGGAUGCUUGGUCUUGGAGGAGGAUUUAUUUUGGGUCCUCUUCUUCUGGAGAUGGGGAUCCCCCCUCAGGUGUCAAGUGCAACGACCACCUUUGCCAUGUUUUUUUCAGCAUCGAUGUCAGUGAUUGAAUAUUAUCUUCUGAAAAGAUUUCCAGUCCCUUAUGCUGUUUACCUGGCUGUUGUGGCCACAAUAGCAGCAUUUGCUGGGCAACAUGUAGUGGGAAAAGUGAUCAAAAUACUGGGAAGGGCAUCUAUAAUUAUCUUCAUUCUAUCUGGAAUGAUAUUUGGUAGUGCGAUCUCACUAGGUGGGAUAGGCAUUGCUAAGAUGAUCAAACGGAUUGAAAGAAAGGAGUAUAUGGGACUUGAUGAUAUUUGCUCCUAUCAGCCUUAGCUUGAAUUGGAAGAGUAGUGAAAAUUUAACUGCAAAAGUCCCCUGUACAACAAGACAUAUCACAAUUAUAGAUGUACUACUUCGUGUUACGAGGCCAAGCCUCCAUUACCAAAAUAAGAGAAUCAGAUUUCAUUAAAUUAUGAUAAUGCAUGAUCCAUUUUUUAGCAAGAAACAGAAUGUGUUGUCAAAUAUUCAAUUUGUUUUUUUUAGAAUAAUGAUUUUUAUGAUACGUAUGUAGUACACUUCUAUAAUUUCAUGAAUGGUAU